AUGAACAUGGACGACAUGACGGUGGAGCAGAUGACCAUGAGGGCCAACCAGGUCACAGAUGAGUCUCUGGAGAGCACUCGUCGGAUGUUGCAGCUGGCGGAGGAGAGCAAACAGACCGGCGUCAACACCAUGGUGAUGUUGGACCAGCAAGGAGAGCAGCUGAGGCAUGUGGAGGACGGCAUGGACCAGAUCAACCAGGACAUGAGACUGGCAGAGAAGAACCUGACGGACCUGUCCAAGUGCUGCGGCAUGUGUGUGUGCCCAUGUGACAGGGUGUCGUCCAUCGAGAACGACUCGCGGUACAAGAAAUCCUGGGGCAUAAACGACGGAGAGGGGGAGAGUAACGGCUCAGGGGUGGUGUCCCGACAACCCUCUGGCGUCCACAACGGCAAGGCAGGACAGGUCAACGCACCCCCACCCUCAGGGCCCUACAUCAAGAGGAUAACAAACGACGCUCGUGAGGAUGAGAUGGAGGAGAACCUGGACGCAGUCGGCGGCAUCAUCGGAAACCUGAAGAACAUGGCUGUGGACAUGGGCAACGAGAUAGACAAGCAGAACAAACAGAUCGAUCGCAUUGGGGGAAAGGCGGAAAUGACCAAAGUGCGCAUCGACGAGGCAGACAAGCGAGCCCACAAACUCAUGCAGUAG